AUGGGAAAAUUUUGGCUAGGAGAAAAGAUAGAUAGUGAACCCUUAAAAUCUCGCAAUGAAAUUGCUUCUGAAAAACAUUACGUUGAAACCACCCAUGGAGAUCCUUUAGGUCGAUAUAUUGUGUGGCUACCCUUUCGUUGUAAUAAAUUCGAAUUAGGAGAAUCUCUAUUUCAGGCAUUGAAUCGCUUUUAUGCACUUGAGAAAAGAUUCAAAGUUGAUCAAAAUUUCAUGGUAGAAUACGAAAGGGUGACGCAGGAAAACAUCGAUCUGAAUCACAUGACGCUUCCAGACGACACGAUCGGUGGUUACUAUCUCCCUUACCACGCCGUAAUGAAGCUAUCUAGCGAUAUCACCAAGCUUGGAGUAGUUUUCGAUGCCUCUGCUAAAACUUUUAGCGAAAUUUCACUUAACGAUGUUUUACUAGUAGAUUCCACCAUCCGAAAUAAAAUCUUUGAGCAAGUAGUCAGAUUUCAAGCUCACAACUACGUCAUCACCGUAGACAUUGCCCAAAUGUACAGACAAAUUAUUAUGCAUUCCGAUGGUAGAAAAUAUCAACGUGUCCUUUGGUACCAUGACAAUCAAAUCAGAACCUAUGAACUUAAUGCAGUGACCUCCAGCGCUUCCUCCACGCCAUUCUUAGCCAUACGCACGAUUCAGCAGCUCGCUUACGAUGAAUCACUGGAUUUUCCACGCGCUAGUAAGAUACUCCUGAGAAAGUUAUAUGCAGAUAAUCUCAUUUUUGGCGCUGACACUCUAGAUGAGAUUAUCCACAUACGAGAUGAAGUGAUCGAGCUCUGGAGUCAAGGUGAAUUUUCCAUACGAUAA